CCAUUCACGUCGCAUGUUUUGGUUUUAGUUUCCGACUUCUGUUGUUUGCUUCCAGUGUCUACCAUGAGUAUCGGUUUCUUGGGUGCCGGGCGCAUUGCGCAGGCCCUGGCUAAGGGUUUCAUUGCAGCUGGUGUAUGUGACAGUUCUAGGAUUAUUGCGAGCUGUCCUGAAAGACACUUGCUGGAACAAAUUCAGAGUCUGGGUUGUAGGACAUCGUAUGAGAAUGGUGAUGUGUUACGGGAGGCGCAGACUGUAUUCAUCGCAGUUAAACCACCUGUGAUGCCGGAAGUGCUCGCUAGCAUAUCGUCAUUUGUACAGGAGCGUCAUCUUAUGGUGUCCUUAGCAAUGGGCGUCAGGAUCCGCGACAUGGAAUCGGCACUUCCUCAAAAAUGUCGGGUGAUCAGAGUGAUGCCCAACACCCCAUGCUUGGUACAAGAAGGUGCCUCCGUAUUUGCACGCGGUACUUCCGCUACCGCUGAAGAUGGCCAGCUGGUUCGUAGUCUCCUCAGCAGCGUCGGAAUCUGUGAAGAGGCAGAAGAUGAAGAAAUGUUAGAUGCUGUUACCGGUCUAAGUGGUAGUGGACCAGGAUAUGUGUUCAUGAUGAUUGAAGCAUUAGCGGAUGGAGCCGUUCAGCAGGGAAUGCCCAGAGAUAUGUCGUACCGGCUAGCAGCUCAAACAUUACUGGGUGCCGCAAAGAUGGUACUGGAGACAAAGCGUCACCCGGGUUCUCUGAAGGAUGACGUCUGCUCCCCUGGUGGUUCAACUAUUGAAGGAGUUUAUCAACUGGAGAAGUUAGGACUCAGGGCUGCUCUCAUAGAGGCAGUUGCAGCGGGUACAGCAAAAUCUCGCUCAAAGUAAUACUUGAAAUGCUGUCAAUUUAUACUACAUGUUGCUCAAUUUGCUGCAAGAAUGAUUCCCUUUUUGGAAGAAAAAUAUCGAGGCCCAACUCUACAUCGCUUAUGGAGGUGGGUUUCACUGCUAGAUCAAGAAAGGCCUAUAUAUGAGGGUGAUCACAGUAUCUGAGUUACAAUUGCAGAUAUCCCAUUAUAAAGUACACCCAUAUAUUGUCAGA